UUUUACUAUACACGUUAAUGGUUCUUUAUAGGCUGAUAUAUUACUACAAAAAGUAUAUAAAUAAGCAUAUUACACAUUGAAAUUGUAUUCUAUUUAAUUACUUAAAAAUAAUUUUGCUGGAUAGAUAGUUAUCCCUACUUAAAAUACCUAUAGCUAUAUACAAUAUGGGUUUAUUGUCUCAAAACAAUGAAACAGAAUCGUUGAUAAAAAAACAGAAACCAAGAUGUAAUCAAAAACUUUUGAAGUGUUCAUAUAUUGUAAUAUUAUUCGUUUUAUUGAAGCUGGUUUUUAUUUAUCUUUUAUACAUUUUAAUAAGAAAUGAAAUUCAUCCAGAAUCCAAAGAAACAUCGAAGAUAGCUGAACGAACUUUCAUUGUUGAUUAUGAACGAAAAGAGUUUCUGAAAGACGGUCAAAUAUUUCGAUAUGUCUCAGGUUCGUUACACUAUUUUAGAGUUCCGAAACCUUAUUGGAAGGAUAGAAUUCAGAAAAUGAAAGCAGCUGGUUUAAAUGCUUUAUCAACUUAUGUAGAAUGGAGUUUACAUGAGCCAUAUCCAGGUGAAUACAACUUUGAGGACAUAGCCGAUUUGGAGUAUUUCCUUAAGUUAGUUCAUGACGAAGGGAUGUAUUUGUUGCUCAGGCCUGGGCCAUACAUAGGUGCCGAAAGAGAUUUAGGUGGAUUUCCAUUUUGGUUAUUGAAUGUUGUGCCCAAAAAUGGUCUGAGAACUAAUGAUCCAAGUUAUAAAUAUUACAUUGCUAAAUGGUUUAGUGUACUUAUGCCUAAGAUCGUCCCUUUUUUAUACGGAAAUGGUGGAAAUAUCAUAAUGGUUCAGAUAGAGAAUGAAUAUGGAGAUUACUUUACGUGUGAUCAUCAGUAUAUGAUAUGGUUACGCGAUUUGUAUAAAAGUUAUAUUAAAUCUAACGCUGUUCUUUACACAACCGAUAGCUGUGAAAUGGAGUCACUUUAUGCCUUAAAAUGUGGUACUGUAGCUGAUGUUUAUGCAACCAUAGAUUUUGGCAGUUGGAUUAAAAAUAUUCCUCAAUGUUUUCAAAAAACAAGAGGAAUUCAAAAAGAAGGACCCCCAGUAAUUUCGGAGUAUUAUACAGGUUUGGUGGAAUAUUGGGGUGUACCAGCAAUGAAUAUUAGCAGCUCUGAUCAAUUUAUCAGUAUUAUGAAAGAUACGCUGUAUUUGAAUGCAUCGGUCAAUAUUUUUUUGUUUCAUGGGGGUACAAAUUUUGGGUUUACUACUGGUGCAUUCAAAUACAAGUAUGAUGAAUAUUUCCCCGUGGAAACCUCAUAUGAUUUCAGUGCUCCAUUGAACGAAGCAGGAGAUCCAACUGAAAUGUACUUUAAAAUAAAAAAAUUGCUCAAAGAAAUUAAUUUUGUAGUAUCAAAUGAAAUAUCACCCAUUCCAGCACCUAAAGGUGAUUAUGGAGUAUUCACAAUGCAACCGUUGGUUAGUCUAUUUGAAAAGAUUACGCAACGGAUUGAACCGGUUGAGAACAAUGUUCCACUUGGGUUCGAAGUCAUGGGCAUAAACACGGGAUUUGUAAUGUAUGAAACUAUUUUGACAAACGAUCAAAAAAACGUCACAGUUCCUGUAAACCUUACUAUAAGCACAAUCAGAGAUCAAGCAACUGUCUUCUUAGACCAGGUACAAGUGAAUUCAAUACCUCGUAAAUAUGAAAAUAUACCCGUGAGCUUAAAUAUUAACAGUACAGUUCAAAAGCUAAGUAUUCUAAUAGAAAACCAAGGAAGAAUUAAUGUCGGGAAAUAUUUAGAAGACAGAAAGGGUAUUUUCGAACCCGUAACAUUGGGUAAUCAUAUAUUGGGUCCGUGGAAGAUGAUAGCAUACCCUCUAAACGAAACGUCAUGGCUUUCGACCAUUGAACCACAGAAACACGUUGUAUUACCGGCAUUUUAUAAAACAACAUUUACGUUACCAAAUAACUUAUCAAAACCUUUAGAUACGUAUUUGGACCCUACUGGUUGGAAAAAGGGCGUUGCUUUUGUAAACGGGAUUAAUGUUGGUCGAUAUUGGCCUUCGGCUGGACCACAAAUCACUCUAUAUAUUCCUGCUGUAUUUUUAAUUCCUUAUCCUGGAGUAAACAACAUCAUAAUGUUAGAACUGGAAGGUGUUUCCGAAAACUUGUCAAUAUCGUUAGUUAAUAAACCUAAUCUCAAUGGUAAAGUAAACGAAGUAUACUAAAAUUCAAAUUAUAACAUAAUAUAAGUUCAAGUAUUGUUUAUUUUAUUAUUAAAUAAAUAUUCUUGUUAUAAC